CACAGAGAAAGCUCAAUAUAUUCCUUUGUUUUCCUGUGUCACGACGAAAAAGACAAAAUUUGCCCUUUUUUUGUUAGAUUUUAGUACAAUCAUCUUUUGUGCCAGAAAAACACGUUUAAGCCGAACCGAUUUAUUCUGCCCAAAGAAAGGAUGCACCGUCAACACUUCUCGGCGUAUGUUGUCCUUUGUAUGCUCUCAAAAUCUCUUCUCUAACUGAAGCAUGUUUAGAUUUAUUUAAACGAUCACCUCUACCCAAAAACGAACAAACGAUAAAACGCGGCGAAAUUUCAAGAAUAUUGGAAACUUGGAAGGUUUUGACGACGAUGAUGAUUAUCAUAGUCAAAUGAGUAAGAACAAAAAUAAAGCCUCUAUUUGUCUGUUUUUACCUAAAUCUUAUGUCACAAAAUGACUCGUCCAUUUAGGCAAUAUACAUUGGCCGAAAGACGAUAUCAAUGGGGACGAUGAUUUGAAUGUAUAUGAUGAAUACUCAACAAAAGCAGCAAAACCCAGAAGACGAUGGCUUCGAGGAAGGGGAAGAUCAAUAAGAUUUCCAAGAAAAAGAAAAAAGUUCUUUUUGUCAAAUGAUAAUACCGAUCAAUCAUCUCUGAAACGUGAUCAUUUACAGUUAUUACGUCAAAACGAAUUAGCCGAAUCAAUCGUAUUAGAAAAUAAGAGAUUUUUACGACCUCCAUUAGAACCUGUUCGAUUUAGAAUACUGAAAGAUGCUAUUCGUUCAAAGUACAGAAUAGCAUUGAAUCAUUGGGAUCCAUUUUACAAAAAUGGUCUACAACGAACGUUAUCGCAAUUAUUAUGUGAUUCAAGAAUAAAGUUAAAGAAGCAGCAACAAAUAAUGUUAUCCAUGCCGCUACCUCCAGCAGCAAGUACAACGAUGGACACAGACAGUCAGACACACUAG